CUGGAGGCCGUUCAGGGGCUUGGACAGCAGCCCGAAGACGACACAGGGCUUGUAGCGACUGCGGAGCGGCAGCGCGAUAGUUCUAACGGCAGUUUUAAAUCUGCCAGAGCUAGAUUUUGAACCCUUCUUAUCCUGGAAUUGCUCAAUGCUAAAACCAUUCAAAGGAAUAUUUAAGAAUCUGCAAACACAAUGGAUGGCUUUUAUGACCAGCAAGUCCCUUUCAUGGUUCCUGGGAAACCUUGCACAGAUGAAUGUCGUGGAAGGCCAGUAAAUGAGAGAAAAAGGAAAUUUCAAGACACUGAUCUGGCUCAUGAUUCUGAAGAAUUGUUUCAAGAUCUCAGUCAGCUUCAGGAAGCUUGGUUGGCUGAAGCCCAAGUUCCUGAUGAUGAACAGUUUGUCCCAGAUUUCCAGUCCGAUAACCUGGUACUUCAUGCGCCACCACCAGCUAAGAUCAAGAGAGAACUGCACAGCCCAUCUUCAGAGCUGUCCACCUGUAGUCAUGAGCAGGUGCUCUGUGCUAACUAUGGAGAAAAGUGCCUCUACAAUUAUUGUGCCUACGAUAGGAAGCCCCCCACUGGGUUCAAGCCAUUAACUCCACCCACCACCCCAGCCUCACCUGUGCUUCAGAGUGGCGCCCUUCCGCCCCCACCUCUGCCCGCCACACCUGUGCAGACUUCUGCGCAUGUCAGCCCAGCAGGCCCUUUGCAGGGUGCUCCUCCUCUGCCUCCUCCCCCCGCUGCCCCUCAUCCUCUUCAGGAACCAAGGCAGCAACCCUUUGCUAUACCUCGGCCACCUCAUCAGCCUAUCCAGAUGCCAAAGAUAAUGCCUGAAAACCAAUACCCAACAGAACACAGGUUUCAAAGACAGAUGUCUGAACCUUGCCAUCCGUAUCCUCAGCCAGGGCUUUCUGCAGACAACCGCCCUGUUUAUCACCGGCAGAUGUCAGAGCCUCUUGUUCCUGCUGCUGCCCAUCCUCCUCAGGGAUUCAAGCAAGAGUACCAUGACCCACUGUAUGAUCAUGGAGUACCAGGUAUUCCAGCCCCCCCAGCUCAUGGAUUCCAGUCUCCAGUGGGAAUAAAGCAAGAGCCCAGGGACUACUGCAUUGAUUCAGAAGUGCCUAACUGCCAGUCGGCAUAUGCUACUGGAGGGGGAUACUUUCCAAACAACCAUGAUGGGUUCUCCUAUGAAAAAGAUGCCCAAUUGUACUUUGAUGACACCUGUGUUGUACCAGAAAGGAUGGAAGGUAAAGUGAAGCAAGAACCAACCGUAUAUCGGGAAGGGCCUCCUUAUCAGAGACGAGGGUCCCUUCAAUUGUGGCAGUUUCUUGUCACACUCCUGGAUGACCCAGCCAAUUCUCAUUUCAUUGCUUGGACUGGAAGGGGCAUGGAAUUCAAGCUGAUUGAGCCAGAAGAGGUAGCUCGUCGCUGGGGAAUUCAGAAAAAUCGACCAGCUAUGAACUAUGACAAGCUCAGCCGCUCUCUUCGUUAUUACUAUGAAAAAGGCAUCAUGCAAAAAGUGGCCGGAGAACGGUAUGUCUACAAGUUUGUUUGUGAUCCCGAUGCCCUUUUUUCCAUGGCCUUUCCUGACAAUCAACGCCCAUUCUUAAAAGCUGAACCGGACUGCCAUGUGAAUGAAGAUGACACCUUACCUCUGACACAUUUUGAAGAUAAUUCCGCAUACCUCCUUGACCUGGAUCGAUGCAGCAGCCUCCCAUAUGCUGAGGCCUUUGCUUACUGACUUGCUCAGCAACUGACACUGGAGACUUCAGCUCCAACAAAUAAGGGCAAAUUACUUUUAUAAAGAAUUUCUCUUCAUAAAACGGCUCCUUGCAGAUAUUAUCAGAAGAAGAUAAAUUACUUUGAGACCCUCUACCCUUGAAAACUGACUACAACAUGGCUAGUGAAUAGGAUAUCCAGUUCUUGAUUCCUUGGCUACAGUCAUGAAAAACAUUAGGCAGGUGGUGGGGUGGGGGGUGGCCAAGAGGAAGGCCAUGACUUCUGGGCCCUGUUGCUGGGAACAUGUGUGAUGUGCAUGUUUGCAGGACUCGAAGAGACUGUGUGAUUAGCAAAUUGUCAAGAAAAAAUGCUAUGUAACAAUCACAAUUUUUGUACUCCACCUUGUGUAAGGGAAAGGGCUCUGAUUUGCAGAGAAAAUGAGGAGCCAAUGCAGCGAAACCCUUUCGGAAGAGGUUGUGGCUUAGUGUGAAACAGCUGGCUUGACUGAGUCAGCUCAGCCGCUUCCCCCCAGGUUCUCAGCGCAAAACUCUUCAAUCUGAGGAAGACUUUUCUUCUGAUUUGUUUCCCCCCCCCCCGUUUUUUUUGUUAUUACUGGUCUCAGAAAGGCCAUCCAAAGGACAGCACUUAAAUACGCAAACCUUUUGAAUCUAGCAGGCCACCCUCUCUGUUGAAAGGCUGCAUGUGAAUGGCUUACUUUUAGAGAUGGGAGAGGGGGCUCAGCCACAAAACUGCCAAGGUUAUGGGGCAAUGUUUGAAUCCAGAUGUUUGUUGGGUGGGCUUUUUUCCCCCUAAUCAAAGGCAGUUUCACAUUUGGGCAGUGCUAUUGCCUUCUUGCUUCUGGCAGCAUUUAUACUAAAGGUGCUGCAGCUUGAGAGGAAGUAGUUGAAAUGCAUGCCCUACCCUAUGCAGCUUUGUUGUCUGCCUCUGCACUAAAUGCUGCCCCCAAACAGUUUACACAGCUUGCUCUGCAUUCAGAAUGUGUUCUUUCUCAACAGCAAAUGAGAGUUGCUUGGCUUUUUCUCUGUUAGAGAACAGUAUGUCUGCCAUACAAGGCAGCUCUAGUCACUGAACUUCCCCAAGAUAGCAGUUUUGAUCCUUUGGUAGCAUUCACCUCACUACUGCUGAACUAUUUUUUCCAAUUGUUGCUUUGCUUGCAAGCAAGAGAGAUGAAGCAUGUGUACACAGAUGUAUUUUUCACUUAAGUUGUAUUACACUCUCAAGAUAUUUGAUGCCCAUUGGAGAUUUUAAGAAAUAUUAAAACUUUUUUUUGUAAAAAUUCAGAGAAUGGGGAGAAAGUCCAAGUUAUUCAGUGUAUGUGUGUAUAUAUAUACAUACAUACAUGUAUGUGUAUAUUUAUAAAAUAUCUCUUGAUCCUUCAGAAAUCCCCCUCUGCUCUUUCCUGUGAGCCUUGCUGGCAUGCACCAGUAAUGUGCUUGGCCUAAAUAUGCAUCUGGGCUCUGUGUUUCAUUGUAAAUGCUGUAUAGGAUUCGUUUUUCUGCUUUGAUAACUUGGGGGAAUUUUGACUAACUUCCCCCUUUCUUUUUUAAACUCUUUAUAAACGACUCAGCAACUCUCCCCAGAAUGUAUCAGGUGGCCUGUCACAAAGCACAGGGUGGCAGCAGUAAACGGCUGCCAUCCCCAUUCUGCCCCCAGGCUGAACCAAACCAGUGGGAUUAACUGUGUUAUUUUUGAUUGUCGAUUUCUUUAAUUUGGUUUGGGAGUACAUAGUACAAAAAGGGUUAAUCUGAGGAUUGAUGUGAAAUUAUUAUUGCCUGAGCAGGGCUUAUAUAUCUCCUGCAAAGCUGCAUUACAUUCUGUACUGUGUACAAUAAAGGAUUUUUUGCUUUCUGUUCGGGCACUGCUAGCAUUGUUUCUCUUCCUUUGUAUUUCAAGCACCGACAUGUAAAGAU